GAUUCUGAGAUAUUUCCGUGGUUCCGAACUGCAGAACUACUUUACCAAGGUCCUGGAAGACAACCUGAAGGCCGUGGUCAAGCCCCAGUAUGUCGACCAGAUCCCUCGGGCUGUGAAGGGCCCGGUCAAGAACGUCCUGGACCUCAUCAAGGCUCGCUCUCAGAUGGACAACUUGGAGCGCAUCCUUGAUGCUCUUGGUAUGGCCUUUCGAUGAACAGAACCUUUAAAUCAACGAAACUGACUUUAUUUGUAGAACUCAGACAGGUACAGGACCGUGACAUUGACCACUUGUCUGGUGGUGAGCUUCAACGUUUCGCUAUUGGUCUUGUUUGUGUGCAAAAGGCCGACGUGUAUAUGUUUGACGAGCCGUCUUCCUACCUCGAUGUUAAACAGCGUUUGGCGGCAGCCCGCUCUAUUCGUGAGCUUCUGCGCCCUGAUGACUACGUCAUUGUUGUCGAGCACGAUUUGUCCGUCCUUGACUAUCUUUCCGACUUCGUCUGCGUGUUGUACGGUAGACCUGCUGUCUACGGUGUGGUUACACUUCCUUCUUCUGUCCGUGAAGGUAUCAAUAUCUUCCUGGAUGGUCACAUCCCUACCGAGAAUCUUCGGUUCCGAGAGGAGUCUCUGACUUUCCGUCUGGCUGAGGCUGGUGAUGACUUCUUGGUUGACAAGGCCCGUGCUUUCAGCUACCCGAGCAUGGAGAAGACUCUUGGCAAUUUCCAUCUGAAAAUCGACUCCGGUUCAUUCACUGACUCUGAAAUCAUUGUCAUGAUGGGUGAGAACGGAACCGGCAAGACUACUUUCUGUAGAAUGCUCGCUGGUGCCGAGAAGCCUGACGGCAACGUCAGCUUGCCCCGCAUGCACAUCAGCAUGAAGCCUCAGAAGAUUACACCCAAGUUCCAGGGUACCGUGCGUCAGCUCUUCUUCAAGCGUAUCAAGGCUGCUUUCCUUUCGCCUCAGUUCCAGACCGAUGUCUACAAGCCCCUCAAGAUCGAUGACUUCAUCGACCAGGAAGUUCAGAACCUGUCUGGUGGUGAAUUGCAGCGUGUUGCUAUUGUCCUUGCCCUCGGAAUGCCGGCCGAUAUCUACGUAAUCGACGAGCCUAGCGCCUACCUUGACUCCGAACAGCGUAUCGUCGCUGCCAGAGUCAUCAAGCGUUUCAUCAUGCACACCAAGAAGACCGCUUUUAUUGUCGAGCACGAUUUCAUCAUGGCCACCUACCUCGCUGACCGUGUCAUUGUCUUUGACGGCAAGCCUUCCGUUGACGCGCACGCCAAUACCCCCGAGUCUCUGGUCACUGGUUGCAACACUUUCUUGAGAAACCUGGAUGUCACCUUCCGUCGUGACCCCAACAGUUACCGUCCUCGUAUCAACAAGUACAACAGCCAGAUGGACCAGGAGCAGAAGUUGGCUGGCAACUUCGUAAGUCACCCGAACCCGAUCCGUGCAAACUUAUUUUACAUCAUGCUAAUAUGUUUCACCUUUAGUACUUCUUGGAGGAAGAGAGUUGAAAAGGUCAUCCCAGGCAAACAUAAUCGCAACCAUCACAGGGACGAUGGUCGCGACGCUGACCAGCGGCGACGUCGUGGUCAAUGGAAAACCCUUCGUUUAGUGGCGUUAUUCGGCGUUCCUGGGGCCUCGCGUCGCCGCAGUCGUGGCGUGUGCCUCGUUGGCGAUCUAGCUGGUGCUUCGGAUGAGGAGGAGGAUGACGAUGACGACAAUUUUGAGUAGGCACAGUUGGUUCAUCUGUUCCCGGUUCACACUUCGCUGUGUUCACAUGUCGUCAUCCAUCUUCGUCCCUUCUGAUGCCCCAUAUCCGCGCACCCUGUUGGUCCGGUCAUCCUAUCCUCGGCGUAAGCAGAAUGCAGGCAACUUGGGCCAACGUGGGUUUUACUGGGUAUUGGUGUGCUUUGGCUGGCGUGAUCAUAUUCGGAGUUGGGUCUCUCAAAAUUCUUCGAUGAUGUUAUGAUAUUGUAUAGAUGGUCCCAUGACCAAUGUGUUCAGAUUCAGUGAAGACAAAAGGGAGCUGGGGAAUGGUCAAGUUAGGUGGCCACUGUCAUAGAUCUCAGAUAGCAUAUAUAAGCUAUUUGGUUCUCCACUGAUUUACCCUUUUCUAUUAAUGACUAGUGUGAUCACCUUGCUGGUAUGCUGUUGGG